UGCCCCGCCCCUCAGCUCAUUUAAAUAACUCGCUAGUCCUCAAAAGAGAGCGCUCUGACGUUGCCUCCUCACUUCGUCCGCCCGGUGCCCCUGCAAGCUUCUCUUCGUUACGCCCACACAACAAACUAAAGAUGAAUGACGAAGGCAAACUUUUCAUCGGAGGCCUCAGCUUCGACACCAAUGAGGAGUCCUUAAUGGCGGCUUUCGCCAAGUAUGGAAACAUCGCUAAAGUUGAUGUUAUCCGUGACAAAGACACUGGGAGGUCUCGCGGAUUUGGCUUUGUCAAGUUUGAUAAUGCAGAUGAGGCCAAGGAUGCUUUGGAGGGAAUGAACGGAAAGAGCUUGGAUGGACGGUCUAUUCGCGUGGAUGAAGCAGGCAGAGGCAGAUCCGGCGGUUCCAGGGGCGGCUCCAGAGGCAACUUUGGUGGUGGCGGAGGUGGAUUCGGCGGAAGGGGUAGAGGUGGCGGUGGCGGCUAUGGCGAGAGAAGCUACGGCGGCGACAGGAGCUACAACAGCGAUAGGAGUUACGGUAGUGGAGAGAGGAGCUACGGUAGCGGCGGCGGCGGUGGAAGUGGAGGUGGAUACAGGAGUGGUGGUGGCGGCGGAUAUGGCAGCAGCGGUGGAAGCGGAGGCGGCGGUGGAUACAGGGACAACAGGGGCCAGGGAAGCUAUGGUGACCGCGCCAGCUCAGGAUCCUACAGAGACCAAUAUGACAGCUAUGCUGCACACGACUAAAAAUCCCUGACUCAAGAUCAUCACUUGGCUGGCUGUAUUUAAAAGAUGCGCUCCUCAAGAAAAUGUCCACGUGUUAUUGGUGACCUUAUUUUUAUAGUAUGUUCUGUUGUAGCAGCUUAAGCAUCUUUAAAUGUAGCCAUAACGUUUGGCCGUUCAUUCACAAAACCAUGUUUAAAGUUACUUUAAGAUGUUCCUGGGUUGAGGGGGCGUCUUAUUAAUAUCUUGCUAUAAAUUGUCUGAUUUGAAUGGUGCUGUCGACUGAUUUUUCCAACAUCUAUUCACUUGGCUCUCUCCUGAUACACUCAGCCUUGUUCUGGCACAGAACUGAGCUUUUUUUAUUCCCUGAAACAUUGGAGCGUCCGAUGGGGCUUCUUUACCUUACGUUGUAGUUCUCCUUCAGUUUGACUAUGACCUACCUCCUGCCAAGUUCUAAACUGAGCGGACAGAGACAGCCGUGCUCCUAAACAUUUUUCGGGGGGGGAUUUUGUACAUGCAUUCCUUAGUGCUACUAGAGCAAUUCCACAUCCUUAAGUGUUUAUUUUAAUUUAAUUUUUUGCUGAGGGGCCCCUGUACUAUCAGUUUCUUCCCAAGAAAAUUCAUUUUCAGAAAGUAUUCCACACACAGAGGGGCAGACUGUUCAUAGUGUUGCAAAAUGCAGCACGUUGCAGUCCGUCCAAAAUUUCGAUUUUCUUUGUUCUGCUCUCAACGCCUGCAUUUUAAAUGUGCUGUAAAAUGGACUGAACAUGUAUAGGUGAACAUCAAUGUAACUCGUCGCCCCAGUAAAUAACAGCCGGGAUCAGUUUUGUACUUUGCUAUUUGUAUCAACGAUUUUUUUUUUCUGUCAAUUUGGUUUCAUGGAGCCUAUUAAACGAUUUAUGAAAAAAUA